AUGGCCACCUCUACUAUUCUUUCCUUGACUGACCAGAUCAGAGAAGAGGUCACUUGCGACCCUAUCCCUUCUGCUCAUGGACAUGCUCGUCUUCUUCAGCUUGUUGAUGAGCUAAAGCUGGCCAUUGAAACCCCUACCGAGACCGUUCUUCGAUUGAUCUACCAGCCCCCAGAGAACGCUGCUCUGCGCACCGUUGUGGAUCUGGGAAUUUUCCCGCUUCUUGUGAGGGAUGGCCAGAAAGACGGCCUUACGGCCACAGAUAUAGCCCUUUGUACCGGUGCCGACAGAGCCUUGAUCGUGCGCCUCAUGAGGGUGAUGUCUGCACUUGGCCUAUGCACAAACAUUGAGCCCGAAAUAUACCGACCAAAUGAGAAAACCAUCCCAAUGACCCAGCCAAUAGGGCAAAAUGGGGUCCCUUGCAUCUACGACCUUACAGUCCCCACCCUCACGAAACUUCCGGAGUACCUCCGGGAGCACAAUUACAUCAAUCCAGAGGAGUAUACCUCAUCUCCAAUGCAGUGGGCUGUUGGACAGAGCCAGUUCGAAUGGCUUGCCAAGAACAAACGCCAUCAGGCUCUGUUCAAUUCAUACAUGUCCAGCAGACGAGAGGGAAAGCCCAACUGGUUUGACGUCUACCCCCUGGAAAGAUUAAUAGACGGGGCAAGCUCCCACCCCGAAGCUGUCUUCUUAGUGGACAUCGGAGGAAACCAGGGUCAUGAUCUCGGCAGGUUUGUCUCCGGGUACAGGUCCAAGCCGGGGCGGCUUAUUCUACAGGAUCUGCCCAAAAUCGUCUCAACGGUUGACCGGACGGGCAUUGAGACAAUGGGAUACAGUUUCCUAGACCCACAACCUGUGAAGAAUGCACGCGCAUAUUACUUCCGGGCCAUUUUCCACGAUUGGCCAGACCACAUUUGCCAGAAAAUCCUUCUCAACACAGCGGCAGCUAUGGACCCCACAUACUCCCGUAUCAUCAUUGUGGACUUUGUUCUCCCUGACACUAAUGCGGGGCGUAUGCAGUCAGCCAUGGACAUCCAGAUGAUGAGCAUUGGUGCUGGGGUGGAGAGAUCGAAGCGUCAAUGGACCGAGCUAUUGGCUAGUGUUGGUCUGAGAAUUAAUGGAAUUUGGAACUUUAGUCCGGGAAUGGAGUCGAUCAUCGAGGUUGUUCCCGCUCUGGGAGCACCCGUGAAUGAGCUUGAUUAA